UGUUGCCAUUUCAAAAUAGCGUCUCUGGCAUGUGAACUUCCUCUGUUGAGAAAAAGAAUUGUAUCUGAGUGACUUGGACUAAAAAAACAUUAUUUAUUUAAGUAGCUAUGCAAGCCAAAUGUUGGAUUAAAUUACCAGACACAAAGACUAAAUCUACCUCGAGAGGUCUGAUUGGAACUGUUAUCGUUCUCUUCUUCGCUGUGUUAUGCUGUUUGUCACUGCUGGUUAUUUUACUGCAGCAAAUAAGAGACCUACGGAGUGAACUGGCAAAAGUCCACAAACAACUUCAUGUUUUUAGCAAGAGGACAAGCGUAAAUCUUGAGGAUGAUUCAGUGGAACAUGAACAAGAAGUGGAAGAUCUGUCCGAAAAUUUGAAAAAUAGCUAUAAUGCCAAAUCCCAAAUAAAAGAGCAGUUAACUGGACUGAAUGAGAAGAUCUAUGAUCUCAGGAGCAUUUCAAGGAAAAGGAGGGAUGUAAGAUCCUGUGGAAAACAACUAUCAUUCCUCCAGCUGAUUCCUAAUGCUAGGGAAAGCAUAAUUCUGCAAGAAGAUUCGACCUUUAUUCCUUGGAUUGUGGCUUCCAGGAAGGGUGAGGCACUGAAGAAAAUUUCCAAUAAAAUAGUUGUGAGAGAAAAUGGCUAUUACACUGUGUACAGUCAGGUUCUGUACUAUGAUAACUGCAUGGCCAUGGGUCAUGUAGUCCAGAGAAGGAAGGCUAAUGUGGUUGGGAAUGAACGACCUGUAUUGACGCUAUUUCGCUGCAUUCAAAACAUGCCAAACAGCUCACCCAGUAAUACCUGUUUCACCGCUGAGUGAUUGAAGAUGACUUUAUACGGGAACAUAUAAAAAGAAAAACAAAAUCUGAAAAGAAAAGCUAUCCUAAAGGCAAUCAUGUGAUCAUUGUUGAAUGAAGUAAAAGAACCAUUUGGUUUACUAAUGUCCUUAAAGGAAGGAAAUCUGCCACUGUCAUGUGAUCUGGCCUACAGGUGACUCCAGAUCUGCAACAAUAUGGUUAACAUUUAACUGCCUUUUGAAAUGGUCUACUGAGUCAUUUAAUUGUAUCAAAUCACCAUAAGGAAAGGAAUAAAAUUAAACACACAACCUAGCAUCAACCUAAGGACCAGAAACAACUAUGACAAACAGCAUCAUCGAUCCAACAUUUGAGAGAACUGUCCCACAGACUAGUCAAGCCCCAGUCUGACAUUGUAAAACAUGACUCUGUGAACCUGAUUAUGCUCCAGACACCACUGCCGUGAUCCCUGGGACAUGCCCUGUUCAACCAGCAGGACAGACCCACUUGGUGUACAGUUGGGAAGGGGUUUCCCUCAAGUCCUCAACAUUGACUCUGGACAUUCUGGUAAGAUGGCGGUGGAGUAGGACAUUCCAGUCAGAGCUCCUCCGCUCUGCCUAUUCCUUUUCUUUUGUUUCGUCCCUUUUUCCUUCCUUCUCUUCCUUCCCUCAGCCUCUGACAUCCCGUCUUCAAAGAUAAGUCGGCAUUUAGUGGCGUGAAGCGGGGACACCAGUGACCAGUGGCUGGAGCAACACAGAGCAGAGUGUGGCAGCAGCCAGCAGUCAGACCAUGUGGAUGCCCCCUGCAUGCACUGCUGAGGAGAUCCUUUGGAGACAGACUGUGAUGUUUGUCUGUUUUAAUUCUUAUGUUUGUUACCUAUGGUUAUACUGUGUAUAAUUGUAAUGUAAUUUUUUCUUUAUUUCUCUAUUUUGUACCUAAGGAUUGUACCUAAGUGUUCUGUACCUAAGAUGGGGCUAUAAGUGGCGACAUAAACUUUUCACUGUACUCAUUUGAGCACGUGACAAGAAAGCUAAUUCAAUUCAGACCCUAUGAAUCUCAUGGCACCACAAUAAACAAUAGCAAGGAAAUCCCACACCGAUUACCAACUACUGCCCCUCCCUUGUGCAAUGAGUUGGUCCUUCUAUUGAAUGCCACUUGGAUGAACCAUAGGGGAUGUUAAUGACACAGAAAGUACUCUGAAGGGGGAACCUCAAUGUCUAUCACCAAGAGUGGUUUGUUAGCACCACUACUGGCUAAGCUGGCUGAGUCAUAAGGGAAAUAGCUGCUGGACUGGUCCUGCAGCAACAAACAGGAGGGAGAAAUCUUCUUGACCCUACCCUCAUCAAUUUACCUGUCGCAGAUGCAUCUGUCCAUAUCAGGGUCAGCAGAAGUGACCAUUGUUCAGUCCUAGUGGAGGUGAAAACUCUUCUUGAGAUUAAAGAUACACUCCAUCAUGCUGUGUAGCACUACCACCUUGCCAAAUGGGACAGACUUUGAACAAAUGUAGCAACUCAAAACUAGGCAUCAAAGCACAGUGGACUAUGAGCAACAGUAGAAUUGUAUUCAUCACAAUUUGUAUCUUAGCAGAUCCUGCAUUCGAUCAUUGCAACACCACCCUGGAUCAAUGAAAAGUGCAGAAAGCCAUGCCAGAAGCAGCACCAGACAUAUCUAAAGAUAAAAUGUUAACCUGGUGAAGCUACAACAUAGGGCGACUUGCCUACCAAACAGAAAGAGUGGAGUGUAAUGGAUAGGUCCAAGCAAUCCCACAACAACAUAUCAGAUUAAUGGCAGACAGGUAAACAAUUAACAUGAAGUGGAGGUUUCACAAAUAUCCCCAUGAUUAAAGAUGGCACAUCAGUGCAAAAGACAAGGCUGAAGUAUUUGCUUCCAUAUUUAGCUGGAGUGCUGGAUAGAUGACUCAUCUUCAACUUCUCCUGAGGUUUUCAGCAUCACAGAUGCCAUCUUCAACCAACUCGAUUUAGUCCAUGUGCCUUUGAUACCCAUGGGGGAAGCAAUGCCAGAGGAAACAGCAGGUAGCAAAUCCUGUUGCAAAAUGUUGCAUAGAUUAGCAACUGUUGGCCUAGUACAGAUCUUCCAAUGGCAGCGUCCUCUCAAUCCUGUCCAAGAAAACGAUGAUCUACAUAUCCUGUGGGUGAAAUACAAAACCUUUAGCAGCUAACCCUGUUACCCACUCUGGUGCUGGGGCAGUAGCAGCUGGCUGGUGUUCUUCCUCUUUCAGCUGUUCCUACAUCCUAAGCAAACGAAGAAAAGUGACACCCAUGAGAAACAGUGACAUUUGGUUUGGAAUGAGCAAGGUUAAAAUACUUAAUCUGUACACUUAUGGAUGCUUGUGAAUUGUGAUGUGAGUGCCCCUUUAAAAAUAGCUUUCAAUGCUGUCGAUCCAUAUUGAAAGCCAAUCCUGAAAUGAAUUACUGAGCAGGCAACAUUGUAGGUCUUCUGAGUCAGUCAGUUAAAAUUACUUUAGAGUUCUCAUUUAACCACAAGAUCCUGAUUUGUCUUUAGUAAUAGUGUCUUACUAUCUGGGGAUGUGUCUUGGAAUAUCUAAAUGGGAACGUUUUGGAAAUAAAUGGGAAAUGCAUUGGAAUUCUUUGCCUCCCACUGGAUUACAUUUAAAUUUUUAUUGCUAACCCUGUAAUAGAGAUUGAUCCCGUCUGCAGGUCAAUGAGUUAGCUUUAGCAGGAAUUAAUAGCUUCCUUUCUGUUUCCUGAUGAUAAAAUUGGCCAACACUACAACUUCCUCUAAUAAAUUCUCCAAUUACUUCAGUACCAGUGGGACUACAAUAGAGAGUUAUUAUUUACUGCUUUCUGAGAGAUUUCACUGAAACUAAAGCACUCCGCAAAAAUCUUAUUUGCUGGCUUUUGACUUGCAACAAACAUGCCUCUUCCAGUCGAAGGAAGGCAAAAAAAAAUUUCUAAAGUACAUUAUGGAACUCAUUUAAUAAAAACCAACAGAAAAUCAUUCUUCUUCUCCUCAUCAAUGAUUAUUGAGUCUCCUGAGUUGUAUAAACAUAUAAUACUAAAAACAAAUAUUGACAAUGGUAUCAAUUUUAGAUAAUAAUGUUCUUUGUCUAUUACAAUGUGAAAUAGGGACAAUAUAUUAUCUAGGUAAAAACAAUGAUUGCAGAUGCUGGAAACCAGAUUCUGGAUUAGUGGUACUGGAAGAGCACAGCAGUUCAGGCAGCAUCCGAGGAGCAUAUCUAAGCCAUUCAGAUAUCUAUUGUGAUGUAAAAUGUAUUAUUUAUGUGUGUGUAUAUAUAUAUAUAUAUAUAUAUAAAAUUUAUUUUUGAGUUUGGAUUUUUGAAUUUGAACUAGUGGCAUAUAGAUUUUCUGUGCGCGUGAAGGGAUUUCAUGGUUAAUUUGUAAGUAGUUCUGUAGCCAAGGUGAUUUAAUUUAAAAUAAGUGUGAAAGAAAGGCUUUCUUCAGAGUUAUGGUGUUUUGUUUACAUUUACAAGAGAGUUUAUAAGUGAAAAAAUAUAUAAUGUAGUGCAUUAAGCUUUUAGAUAUAAGGUUCUAGAAUUUUAUUUGACCUGAGUAUGGACACAUAACAUGAAAAAAAAAUUGUUUUAGUUCAGUUUGGGUGGUUUUGCAGUUUUUAGCUAAAUUUGAAUGCAUAAAGCAAUUACUCCUAAGAAAAGCAGAAGAUAGUUUACAUUUUUAAUGGAACUCAAGGUGAGGAGUUCAGAAAAGUUUCCAGGUGGGAAGUAUUAAUACCCUUAAUGGCAUUAUUUGAAGCUGAGAAAGUUUAACCUUGGUUGUAUGAAGGCUAUGAGAACAGAUUCUCAAGACUGGGAGUUGAAGUCACAGUUAAAUUAAACCCAUAGUUGUGAUAUAGAAUAUAAUUCUCUCUGGUGUCAGUACUGUCAGGAUGUGUAUUUGGGAUUACUACUAUUAUAUUUUUAUUGCAUGUUUUGAAAUCUUUAAAAGUGUGUUUAUAUGUAAAUAAACUUUUUGUCUAUCUUAACCCUCUUUUCUUUGGUGUGAUAAGGUUCUGCUUUAUUGCUAAAAUAAACCCUGUAACAUUGCAUGCUUAUGUUUCAGUGAGAGACCACCUCGUUAAAACCAGUUUGUGAUCUGGCUUAUUCAGUAAUAACAUCAGCUGGGAUCAUAAUUUUAUACACAACACAGGAACAUAAGCAAGGAGAGAAUGCUUGUCAAAAUUAUGUAAUGGUUAGCUUCAACUGAAUUUUCAUAAUCUUGUCAGUAUUAUUGAUAAAAUGCAACUUAAAUUAAAGCUUUAUGAACGUAGCACCUUGUUUAGUUUUGUUUUUAAAGUAUCUUAUCUUCUUUUAUAAAGUAGU